CCGCCGCAGCCCGCGCCGUGUCCGCGGCGGAGCCGCCCAGGUGCCCACGAGGAUGGUGGCGCGGCCCUAGGCCCUCGCUCCGCACCAUGACCGGCUGGCUGCGAAUGCUGGGCCUCCCGCUCCUGCUCCUGCCCGCGGCCGCGUCCCCGGCCCAGGGUUGCCCAGCCCGCUGCGAGUGCAGCGCCCUGGCGCGCUCAGUGGCCUGUCCCCGGCGUCGUCUAACAGCCGUGCCGGACGGCAUCCCAGCGGAGACGCGCUUGCUGGAGCUGAGCCGCAACCGCAUCCGCUGCCUGAACCCAGGUGACCUGGCCUCCCUACCCCGCCUGGAGGAGCUGGACUUGAGCGAGAACAUCAUCGCACACGUGGAGCCGGGCGCCUUCGCCAACCUGCCGGGUCUGCGGAUAUUGCGUCUGCGGGGCAACCUGCUCAAGCUCAUCCCUCCGGGCGUCUUCACACGCCUGGACAACCUGACGCUGCUGGACCUGAGCGAGAACAAGCUGGUGAUCUUGCUGGACUACGCCUUCCAGGACCUGCGCAGCCUGCAGCGGCUGGAGGUGGGUGACAAUGACUUGGUGUUUAUCUCCCGCCGGGCCUUCGCGGGGCUGCUGGCGCUGGGCGAGCUCACCCUGGAGCGUUGCAACCUCACCGUGCUGUCGGCCGAGUCGCUGGGCCACCUGCGGGGUCUGGGCGCGCUGCGGCUGCGCCACCUGGCCAUCGCCGCGCUGGACGACCAAAAUUUCCGGCUCUUGCCGGGCCUGCGACACCUGGAGAUCGACCACUGGCCGCUGCUAGAGGAGGUGGCGGCAGGCAGCUUGCAGGGCCUAAACCUGACCUCGCUGUCCGUCACGCACACCAACAUCACGGCGGUGCCUGUGGCAGCGCUGCGCCAUCAGGCGCACCUGACCUGCCUCAACCUCUCGCACAACCCCAUCAGCGUGGUGGCCCGAGGUGCCUUCCGAGGCCUGGUGCGUCUGCGGGAGCUGCACCUGGCUGGGGCCUUGCUGGCCGUGGUGGAGCCGCAGGCCUUCCUGGGCCUGCGGCAGAUCCGUUUGCUCAACCUCUCCGACAAUCUGCUGUCCACGCUGGAGGAGAGCACGUUCCACUCGGUGAAUACCCUGGAGACCCUGCGCAUGGACGGCAACCCACUGGCGUGCGACUGUCGCCUGCUGUGGAUCGUGCAGCGCCGCAAGACGCUCAACUUCGACGGGCGGCUGCCCGCGUGUGCCAGCCCGGCCGAGGUGCGUGGGGAGGACGCGCUGCGCCGGCUGCCCGACUCGGCGCUCUUCGAGUACUUCGUGUGCCGCAAGCCCCAGAUUCGAGAGCGGCGGCUGCAGCGUGUCACGGCGAUGGCCGGCGAGCCCGUGCGCUUCCAGUGUCGCGCCGACGGCGAGCCGGCGCCCACGGUGGCCUGGGUGACGCCGCAGCACCUGGCCGUGACCGUGGCCAGCGCGGGGCGCACGCGUGUCCUGCCCGGGGGCACGCUGGAGAUCCGCGACGCGCGGCCCCAGGACAGCGGCACCUACACGUGCGUGGCCAGCAACGCGGGUGGCAACGACACCUACUUCGCCAGCCUCACCGUGGAGCCCGAACCCAAUUCCAACCGGACUCUGGGCAACGGCGAGGGCCACAACGAGACGCAGCUGGCUGCCCGCUUCCCGCUGGACCUCACCACCAUCCUGGUGUCCACGGCCAUGGGUUGCAUCACCUUCCUGGGCGUCGUGCUCUUCUGCUUCCUGCUGCUCUUCGUGUGGAGCCGCGGGCGCGGGCAGCACAAGAACAAUUUCUCCGUGGAAUAUUCCUUCCGCAAGGUCGACGGCCCGGCGGCUGCUGCGGGCCAAGGCGGUGCGCGCAAGUUCAACAUGAAAAUGAUUUGAGAGAUCCGAGCGGUGGUGCAAGCGGUAGGGCGUUUGCC